AUGCUAUCCGGCACGCUAUAUGCAUGUUCGCUAUAUCUUGAGGGCAUCAAAAGAUAUUCACCGCUUGUCACGGGUGCUAUACUGCUCGCUAUGCUGGGAACCAUGAUUCCUUCCGCUCUUGCGGCAUCUCUGCUGAUGACACGCUUAGGAAGGUACAAACCUUGGCUUUUCGUCGGAUGGGUCUCAACAUUGCUGGGCACUGGACUGCUAUGUUCAGUCAGUCUGCAAAGCUCAACUGCGGGUUCUAUUGGAAAGCUUAUUGCAGUGGGCGCUGGUCAUGGAGUUUUGUUAAACUCGCUCCUCUUCGCCGCUCAGGCAGUGGUACCAGGCAAAGAUGUUGCAUACGCGACUGCAAUAUACACAACCACGCGGGCUCUUGGUUUCACCCUUGGUGUUGUCAUUGAAGGGACAUUGCUGCAGAACUUCAUUACAAACCGCCUUGCAGACUCUGACGUUGCGGUUGCGGCCAGCAUCGCAGAAAAUGUUACAAGUUAUGUAGCAGCGCUGCAAAUGAAUUCACCGCUUCCCGUACAGCGGCGGAUCGUUGAGGAAGCGCUCAUUUAUGGAUUUCGUUGGGUCUUCAUAGUCCUGACGAUUAUUGGAGGGGCGGGACUGGUGUGCACUGUAGCGAUUGCUACGCGCAGCAUGGAUAGACCUCUUGAAUCAAACCAUCGGUUAGAGGCCUCUAGGGCACAGCCACAGUCUUGA